UGAUAUCGUUCAGAAGAACGAUGAAAGCUCCACGACCAAACCAUCCAGCUCAAAGAACAAAACUCCACCAAAAUCAUCCACCUGAGCUACAAAUCUUCUCCACCAUCUCAAAAGAACAAUUAAUUGUUUAAUGAUAAUUAUAGUCGUCAAUUAGUGAUUUACAAUGUAAUUGAAUUCUAAUAGAAGUAUAUUCGGCAAGACUAUCAUUUAUGGACGAACCAAUCAGAUACAUGAUGAAUAUGUCUUGGAUAUUGACGUGAAAUUCAUUCAACCAUUUGGCUAAAUAGAGUUUUGGUAUUAUAACUGAUGUCAGUUCAUGAUGAAAACCCUAAAUUCAAUUCCUAACCCAUAACUAUCUGCUGUAAAUCAUAAUUCUAAUUCCUCAUACUAAUUUAUAACCUUCAUUUGAUCCUAGUUAUUAGGUGGACACUUUCUAGGUCAGUUUAGCGUCCUUCAAAGGUUGUCCAUAAAUGAUAGUUUCAACGUAUAAAUGAAUAAUAAAUGUUGGGGACGUUAGAUCCCCAGAACUCACUUGGGAAAGGACCUCAUUUUGUAAUUUUAUUUAGAAAAUUUCAAUUUUUUGUUUUCGCGCCAAAACGCUCUUGUCACCUUCAUGUCGUAUUUCCCACUUGGGAAAUAUCUUAAUUGCUAUUGGUCCGUUGCGUCUUUUAGUGUGCUAUUCGGUAACUCUCCUCAAGGACGGUUUUGUACUGUAUAUAUACGUUUUGAAUUGUGUUUGUUGUGAUCGCUCGUUUCUGGCUGUUUGCAGAAUAUACUUCCUCAUUCCAAGCUUGGACUUCUCUCUCUAGUUAGCGGGGCUGAGAUGCAUCAAUAUUUAGCUUACUGGUCUUUGGUCAUCGAGUCUUGUUUCUAGUUCGCAGGUUAAGUAAACUCGUGAUAGCUUCAACCCUAGUAAUAAAUAAACAUAGAAACCAAAAUCAAAUCAAUGAGAGAUAUAACCAAAACAAAAAAAGUAAACAAUGACAAAUUUAAGAUCAGUAAGAACCAAUCAACAUCGAGGUGUACAUGAUGAAUUGUGAACUAUAUGUGGCGAAAUUCGAACAUUUCACUUCUACCUAAAGUUUGUACUACUAAUGAUGUCAUUCAGAAGAACAAUGAAAGCUUCCAUGAUCAAAUCAUCUAGCUCAUAGAAUAUAACUCCAUCAGGAUCAUAGUUUUAUGUGCAUGUUCUAAAUUAUACUUACUACAACAACCACAAUCAAGAAAGUACAAGUAUUUAUAAAUAGCUGUCUUCGCAAGAUACUCAACAUCCAUUAGCCGGAUACCAUCAGCAACAGCCUUCUGUGGGAGAGAACAAACCAACUUCCAGCUGAAGAAGAAAUUAAGAAAAGACGAUGGAAAUGGAUAGGACAUACAUUACGCAAAUCAUCAAACUGCAUCAAGAGGCAAGCCCUAACUUGAAAUCCUGAAGGGAAGCGAAAAAGAGGAAGGCCAAAGAACACAUUGCGUCGGAUAAUAGAAGCAGAUAUGAAAACGAUGAAUUACAACUGGACGGAGCUAGAAAGGAUUGCUCAGGACAGGGUUGGAUGGAGAACGCUGGUAAGCGGCCUAUGCUCCUUCACGAGGAGUAACAGGCGUAAGUAAAUCCUUGGUAUAAUUUGUAUUGCAUUAGCUGGAAAAGGUUAUCAUGAAAUUGGAUUUCAAUAUUUAAUUGGAAUUGGAACAUUUUCAGCUAUUGGAAAUAUUGUCUUUUUAUUAAUGUAUGGUUUUGCUACAACAAGACCAUUAGAUGGUCGAUCAAUAUUAAAGUUAAUUGAAACUAUUUAUCAGUUGAUUGUCACAUUACUUUAUUGUAUCUCAAUUGGUGUAACAUUUAAUCAAAUAGAUUAUUUACAAUAUUUUAUUGGACCAAUUACAAUAUUUACAUCAGCUAAUUUUGGAGCUUAUAUAUUUGGUAGUAUGGUUGCAAUCACUGAAUUACUUUGUAAACAUCCAGAUAUCAAUACUACUAAUAACACUACUACUACUACUACUACUACUAAUAACACUACUAAUACUCCUAUGAAUACAAAUUCGAACCCUAAUCCAUCUCAACCUGUUAAUCAAUUGAAUCAAAGUAAAUAACAAACAACUCAAUUGUGUUGUAUAUUACAUUAUAUAUAUAUAUAACCAUAGUUAUCUUAUUUACCCUUUAAUUACUUUAUACAAUAUUACUAUUAUGUGCAUAUUACUGAAUGAUUUAUCUAUGUAUUAUGUAAUUGAUGACAAUAAUCAAUGAUAUACAGUAUUCCUUAUACAAUUUGAUUAUGUUUAUGAUGGACUGUUGAUUUGAUCCUUGAAGAUGUUCUUUUAGAAGGUUAGAAUUUGGUUUAUUUCAAAGAAUAAGUGAAUAUACAAUUCAUUUAUCACUUAUCUUCUGUUUAACUUCGCAUGUAGCUCUUCUAGAG